GCUUGCAGCGCUGCCGUGGGAGUGUGGGAGCCUCUCUGGGCUCCCUGCACCGCCGCUGUCCCGCAUGCCCAGCCGGGCAACCACUGGGCCAGGACGACCUCGCCACCAGACCGGGUCAGUGCAGGAGCGGCGGCAGCCAGGAGAACCCCCGGGGACUCAGCGAUGCUGGGGCUGAGCCCGCGGCCGCUUCGGGACCGGUGAGCAGGGAGGGGGAAAGCCCCAUGGGGCUUCAUCUGCUUGAGGGGCCGGGCCAGCAUGGAGCCAGCCAGCCUUCCCAACAUCUCCGGUAAUGGCAGCGGCGCCGGCAGCGCCCCACACUCACCCGCAGCCAUGGGGCUCAUCCUGCUGGCCGCCCUGGCCGUCCUUCUGGCCACGCUGGUGGGCAACGCUCUGGUGGUGGUGGCCAUCUCCACCAGCCGGGCCCUGCAAGCCCCACAAAACCUCUUCCUCGUGUCCCUGGCCUCGGCAGACAUCCUGGUGGCCAUCCUCGUCCUGCCCUUCUCGCUGGCCAACGAGGUGAUGGGCUACUGGUACUUUGGUGGGCUGUGGUGCAGCCUGUACCUGGCGCUGGACGUGCUGCUCUGCACCGCGUCCAUCGGGCACCUCUGUGCCAUCAGCCUCGACCGCUACUGGGCCGUCACCCGGGCGGCACGGCUCAACCUGCGCCGCAGCCCGCGCCGGGUGAAGGGCAUGAUCGGGGCGGUCUGGGCGGCGGCGGCCCUGGUGGCACUGCCCCCGCUGCUGCGGCCGCGGCCGGGCGGGCGGGAGUGCCAGCUGAGCCAGGAGACCUGGUACGUGCUGGCCUCCUGCGCCGCCUCCUUCUUCAUCCCCUGCCUCGUCAUGGUGGCCGUGUACUGCCGCAUCUACCGCCUGACCGCCCGGCGGGCGGCCGCCCUGCUCGCCGCCCGCUGCCCGCGCCCCGCCGGCGGCGAAGGAAAGGUGCCGGGAGUUGGGGUGCCGGGAUGGCGGCGCCGGAGCCAGCACCAGAGCGUGCUGCUGUGCCGCCGGCGGCUGGUGCGGGCGCGGGAGCGGCGCUUCACCGUCGUGCUGGCUGUGGUGAUGGGCGCCUUCGUUCUGUGCUGGUUCCCCUUCUUCUUCACCUACAGCCUGGGGGCUCUCUGUGGGCAGGGCUGCCACAUCUCCAAGCCCCUCUUCAAUUUCUUCUUCUGGAUCGGCUACUGCAACAGCAGCGUCAACCCGCUCAUCUACACCCUCUUCAACCGGGACUUCCGCGCUGCCUUCCGCCGGCUGCUGGCCAUCCCCCACCGGCACCGCACUUAGGGACCCAUUUGGACUCCAGGGACGUGGCCCCAGCCCUGCUCAGCAUUCACAGCACCUGGCCCCACCACAGACCCUGGAUGGUAGUGCCAGUGUGCAGCUUGUGGAAAUGCAGGAUUGAAUAAAAUGAGACCAAAGCCUGUG